GACACGAAAUCCAGUCUAUGCCAUAGAUAAGAAUAGUUAGAUCAUGCAUAUAUAUUCACAAGAAAGAGAUGGUUAGUUUGGGUGGAGGAAAGCAGCAGCUGUAGCAGAAGAAAAAGGAUGACUUCUUCCAUAUUUGGAGCGCACCCAUUUCUAGGCCAAUCCUUCACCGCAACAAGAACCACUACUGCAACUACAGUUACAACACGUAGCUUCAACAUCACCAGCAACAGUUAUUCUUCGUAUCCUCCAUUGUCAUCUCAGCAAACUCCCCCUUCUUCUGAUUCCAAUGGUAGCCCACUGCCAGCUGCUGGUAACAAUGACAGCAAAAAGCCUGCAGCGACAAAGACAGCAGAUAGCACUGACUGGAUAGCUUCAAGCUUGACCCGGCGGUUCGGACUUGGAGCAGGUCUGGCCUGGGUCGGGUUCCUAGCAGCUGGUGUCAUCUCGGAGCAGGUCAAAACCCGCCUCGAGGUCUCCCAACAGCUAGCCAAUACCAGGGAAGUGGAGAAGGAGGAAGAAGUGGUUUUGCCAAAUGGAAUUAAGUACUAUGAGUUGAAGGUGGGAGGAGGAGCAACUCCAAGGGCAGGGGACUUGGUGGUGAUUGACCUUAAAGGGAGGGUAGUUGGGGGAAAGGAAGUGUCUUUUGUGGACACAUUUGAGAGGAAGAAGCCACUUGCUCUAGUGAUGGGUUCCAGGCCAUACACCAGAGGGAUGUGUGAAGGGAUAGAGUAUGUGUUGAGAUCAAUGAAGGCUGGUGGGAAGAGAAGGGUGAUUGUGCCUCCUAGCUUGGGGUUUGGAGAAAAUGGAGCUGAUUUGGGUUCUGAGUCCCAAACUAUCCCACCUUCUUCAACUCUUGAGUACAUUGUUGAGGUUGAAAGAGUGUCCAUUGCACCUGCCUGAUUUACCAACUUUCCUCGCAAUCAAUUCCACAAUUUGUUUGGAAAGCUUUUGUUUUUUUAUUUAUGCCAUAACAGUUGAAGUGUGUAGCAUGAAUUGCCUUUGUGUAUAGGUUGAAUAAAAUGACCACCUGGAAACAAUUUUCAAUUCAAGAUCUAUUUUAAAGUUGAUUAGUGGGUCAUGGGAUUUACUAUUUGAAGUGUGUGACACUUAUUGUCGUAGAUGAUUUAACUCUAUUUUAUUA